GGUCGGCGGAGCGGCGGGUGAGCAGUGGUCAGGUGAAAGACUGGGACGCUUCUGAAAGAGCAGCGAGAAUUCGAGACCAGAGACGGAGGCUUGUGUAACUCAAGGCUCAGGCGGCUCAGGAAUUGGCCUGCGCUCCUGGGGCACUCGCGCGGGCUUUGCCCCAUGGCCAGCACUCGAGGGCGCGAUCCCUGGGGGACCUCUGGGCUAUGCUACCUUCUUGGCUCCCUGCUUUCUGGACUGCUCUGCCCAGGGGCUAUUGCCUUCAAUCUGGACGUGAUGGAUGCUUUGCGCAAGGAGGGUGAGCCGGGCAGCCUCUUCGGCUUUUCUGUGGCUCUUCACCGGCAGCUGCAGCCCCGACCCCAGAGUUGGCUGCUGGUGGGUGCUCCACAGGCCCUGGCUCUGCCUGGGCAGCAGGCGAAUCGCACUGGAGGCCUCUUCGCCUGCCCCUUGAGCCUGGAGGAAACUGACUGCUACAGAGUGGACAUCGACCAGGGAGCUGAUGUGCAAAAGGAGAGCAAGGAGAACCAGUGGUUGGGAGUCAGUGUUCGGAGCCAGGGCCCUGGCGGCAAGAUUGUUACCUGUGCACAUCGAUACGAGGCGCGGCAGCGAGUGGACCAGAUCCUGGAGACACGUGAUGUGAUUGGUCGCUGCUUUGUGCUCAGCCAGGACCUGGCCAUCCGUGAUGAGCUGGAUGGUGGGGAGUGGAAGUUCUGUGAGGGGCGUCCCCAGAGCCAUGAACAAUUUGGGUUCUGCCAGCAGGGCACAGCGGCCGCCUUCUCCCCUGACAGCCAUUACCUCCUCUUUGGGGCCCCAGGAACUUAUAACUGGAAGGGCACAGCCAGGGUGGAGCUCUGUGCACAGGGCUCGGCGGACCUGGCACACUUGGACGACGGGCCCUACGAGGCGGGGGGCGAGAAGGAGCAGGACCCCCGCCUCAUCCCUGUCCCUGCCAACAGCUACUUUGGUUUCUCCAUUGACUCGGGGAAGGGGCUGGUUCGUUCAGAGGAGCUGAGCUUUGUGGCAGGGGCACCCCGUGCCAACCACAAAGGUGCUGUGGUCAUUCUGCGCAAGGAUAGUGCCAGCCGCCUGGUACCUGAAGUUGUAUUGUCUGGGGAGCGCCUGACUUCCGGCUUUGGCUAUUCAUUGGCUGUAGCUGAUCUCAACAAUGAUGGCUCGCCAGACCUGGUAGUGGGUGCCCCCUACUUCUUUGAGCGCCAAGAAGAGCUUGGUGGUGCUGUGUAUGUGUACAUGAACCAGGGGGGUCACUGGGCUGAUGUCACCCCUCUCCGACUCUGCGGCUCCCCUGACUCCAUGUUUGGGAUCAGUGUGGCUGUCCUGGGGGAUCUCAACCAAGACGGCUUCCCAGAUAUUGCUGUGGGUGCUCCAUUUGAUGGAGAUGGGAAAGUCUUUAUCUAUCAUGGGAGCAGUCUGGGGGUUGUCCUUAAACCUUCACAGGUGUUGGAAGGUGAGGCCGUGGGCAUCAAGAGCUUCGGCUACUCCCUGUCUGGUGGUCUGGAUGUGGAUGGGAAUCAUUAUCCAGACCUGCUGGUGGGCUCCCUGACUGACACUGCUGCCCUCUUUAGGGCCAGACCCAUUCUUCAUGUCUCCCAUGAACUCUUCAUUGUUCCUCCAACCAUCGACCUAGAGCAGCCCAACUGUCCUGGUGGCCUCUCAGUCUGUGUGGACCUAAGAAUAUGUUUCAGCUACAUUGCAGCCCCCAGCAGCUACAGCCCUAUUGUGGCCCUGGAUUACAUGAUAGAUGGAGACACAGACCGGCGGCUGCGGGGUCAGGUUCCUCGGAUAACCUUCCUGAGUCGUGGUCCAGAAGACCCCAAGCACCAGGCCUCGGGCACUGUGUGGCUGAAGCACCAGCAUGAUCGAGUCUGUGGAGACACCAUAUUCCAGCUACAGGAGAAUGUCAAAGACAAGCUUCGGGCCAUUGUAGUGACCAUGUCCUACAGUCUCCAGACCCCUCGGCUCCGACGACAGACUCCUGGCCAGGGGCUACCCCCACUGGUCCCCAUCCUCAAUGCUUACCAGCCUAGCACCCAGAGGGCAGAGAUCCACUUCCUGAAGCAAGGCUGCGGUGAUGACAAGAUCUGCCAGAGCAACCUGCAGCUGGUCCACUCCCGCUUCUGUGCCCGGGUCAGCGACACAGAGUUCCAGCCUCUGCCCAUGGAUGAAGAUGGGACGACAGCUCUGUUUGCACUGAGCGGGCAGCCAUUCAUCGGCCUGGAGCUGAAAGUCACCAACCUGCCUUCGGACCCAGCCCAGCCCCAGGCUGAUGGAGAUGAUGCUCAUGAGGCCCAGCUUCUGGUCACCCUCCCUGCCACUCUUGACUACUCAGGAGUCCGGGUCCUGGAUUUUGCCGAGAAGCCACUCUGCCAGUCCAAUGAAAAUGCCUCCCAUAUUGAGUGUGAGCUGGGGAACCCCAUGAAGAGAGGUGCUCAGGUCACCUUCUACCUCAUCCUUAGCACCUCGGGGAUGACCAUUGAGACCACAGAGCUGGAGGUGGAACUGCUGUUGGCCACCAUCAGUGAGCAGGAGCUCCAUCCAGUCUCUGUUCGGGCCCGGGUCUUCAUUGAGCUGCCUCUGUCCAUCGCUGGGGUGGCUGUCCCCCAGCAACUCUUCUUCUCUGGUGUGGUGAGGGGAGAGAGUGCCAUGAAGUCAGAGAGAGAUGUGGGCAGCAAGGUCAAGUAUGAGGUCACGGUGUCCAAUCAAGGCCAGUCGCUCAAUACCCUGGGUUCUGCCUUCCUUAACAUCAUGUGGCCCCAUGAGAUUGCCAACGGAAAGUGGUUGCUGUACCCCAUGAGAGUGGAGCUGGAGGGUGGUCAGGGGCCUGGGCAGAAGGGACUCUGUUCUCCAAGGCCCAACAUCCUCCACCUGGAUGUGGACAACAGGGACAGGAAACGGCGGGAGCUGGAGCAACCGGAGCAGCAGGAGCCACAUGAACAGCCAGAGCUCAGCACUUCCUGGUGGCCAGUGUCCUCCGUUGAGAAGAAGAAAAAUAUCACCCUGGACUGUGCUCGGGGCACAGCUAAUUGUAUAUUGUUCAGCUGCCCGCUCUACAGCUUUGACCGCGCGGCUGUGUUGCACGUUUGGGGCCGCCUAUGGAACAGCACUUUCCUGGAGGAGUAUUCAGCUGUAAAAUCCCUGGAAGUGAUUGUCCGAGCCAACAUUACAGUGAAGUCCUCCAUCAAGAACUUGCUGCUCAGAGAUGCCUCCACAGUGAUUCCAGUGAUGGUGUAUUUGGACCCAGUGGCUGUGGUGGCAGAAGGAGUCCCCUGGUGGGUCAUCCUCUUAGCUGUCCUGGCUGGGCUAUUGGUCCUGGCUCUGCUGGUGCUGCUGAUGUGGAAGAUGGGAUUCUUCAAGCGGGCACGGUAUCCUGAGGCCACAGUGCCCCAGUACCAUGCGGUAAAGAUCCCACGAGAAGACCGGCAGCAGUUCAAGGAGGAGAAGACGGGCACCAUCUUGAGGAACAACUGGAACAGCCCCCGGCCAGAGAGCUCGGAUGCACACCCCAUCCUGGCUGCAGAUGGGCACCCUGACCUAGGCCCUGAUGGGCAUCCUGUGUCAGCCACUGCCUAGCUUCCUUUGUUCCAGUCUGGCCCAUGGGUCCCUCCACCUCUUCCCUAGCGAUGGCUCCUAGGGAAUGAAGAGAGUGGGUUGCUAGUAUUGUAUCAGGAUUUGGCAGGAUCUGCUUCCUCAGGGCCAAAGACCUCCCCUCACCCCUACUAGGAUGAUCCCAACACUUCCCCCUGGAAUGCUGUGUUGAGGGGGUAAAUCAGGGAUGGGGCUAUGGGGUAGGGUGAAAAGGGCAGGGAUGUCCUGACUCAAAGGUAAUGAGAUAGGAUCCUAACCCCUCCCCUCUCCUAUUCACUCUGUAUAAUAAGACCCCAAGCACCUGUUUCCCCAAAGUGCCUUAGUUUAGAGGGCCAGGGAGGAGGCUGCAUCACUGACUCAGGGGCUCCUCCCUCCCGACUUCCCCAUCUCCCCUGACCUUAGUUUGCUGCAUCAGUCUAAUGGGUUUUAUCUAUUUAUUAAAAAACUUGUGAGGACAAAAA